GAAGACACCAUUCCUCUUCAGGACAACUCCUGGCAGUUUCCUGCAGUGACCUCUGCGUUCUUCUCAUCUCAGCAUCCAUCCACCAUGUCGCUCUCUGUUCGUACGACAACCUCCACAGUUCCCAGGACUGUGACCUCCAAGUCCAUUAUCACUAAGACUCGGAGCAGUUCGGCGGCCUUUCCGCAAAAAGCCCACAGCGUGUAUGGAGGUGGUCUAGGAGGCAGCACCCGCAUCUCUACUUACAGAGUUGGAGGUGGUGGAGGAUAUGGUGGAGGAUACGGUUUUGGUGGAGGAUACGGAGGAGGAUACGGAGGAGGACAUGGUGGAGGAUUCAGCUCUGGAAUCAUGGUUGGAGGAGACAGUGACUUGAUCCAGCUGAAUGAGAAGGCCACCAUGCAGAACCUGAAUGACCGUCUGGCGUCCUACCUGGAGAAGGUGCGCUCACUGGAGGCUGCCAAUGCCACUUUGGAGAGGCAGAUCCGUGAGUACUAUGAGAAGAAAGGGCCGAUCGCACAGAGGGACUACAGCAACUACUGGAACACCAUCAAGGACCUGAAGGACAAGAUUAAAAAUGCUACCAUCAACAACGCCAACAUCCUCCUGCAGAUCGACAACUCUAAACUGGCUGCUGAUGACUUCAGGAUAAAAUAUGAGCAUGAGGUGGUGAUGCGGCAGUCUGUGGAGGCUGACAUCGCUAACCUGCGCCGCUUGCUGGACCAGACUACCCUGACAAAGGCUGACCUGGAGAUGCAGAUCGAGAGUCUGCAGGAUGAGCUGGCGUUUAUGAAGAAGAACCACCAGGAGGACUUGGCUGCACUGAGGGCACAGCUGACAGGCACAGUGAACGUAGAGGUCGAUGCUGCUCCUCAGCAAGAUCUGAACAAGGUUCUGGAGGAGAUUCGUUCUCAUUACGAGAACAUCAUUCAGAAACACCGCAGGGAACAGGAAGACUGGUUUAAAAACAAGACGGCAGGUUUGAACAAAGAAGUGGCCAUCAGCACAGAAACCAUACAAACAACGAAGACACAGUUCACAGAUCUACGACGCACCUUGCAGGGUCUGGAGAUCGAACUGCAGUCUCAACUCAGCAUGAAAGCGGCACUGGAAAACUCACUGGCAGACACAGAGGCUAGGUACAGCGCUAUGCUAGCAGGCUACCAGAACCAAAUCAACAUGCUGGAAGCCGAGUUAAGUCAAGUAAGGGCUAGCAUUGAGCAACAGGGGCGAGAAUACGCCUUGUUGUUGGACAUCAAGACUCGUCUGGAGCAGGAGAUCGCCACCUACAGGAGCCUCCUGGAAAACCAAGACAUUAAGUAAGUUCAUUUAUUUUAUUUGUCAAUUGUGUGUCAAAAGUGGUGCAUGGAUUAUGUUAAGUCAUUCAGUCCUGAAAUUACUUCACUAAUGCAUCUUUUUCUUCUUCUUCUUUUUUUUUCAGGACUCAAAUACCAGGUAAUUCUUUCUUUGCGUACUGAAGUGGGAUGGUCGGUUUCAGACAGGUACUACAGUGAAUGUAUAAAAUUUUGCAAUAUUGACUCUCUCUCUCUCUCUCUCUCUCUGCCUUUAGGUGCAACUGUCACUGUCUCCACAGGUGGAACAACAACAAUCCAGAAGACACAGCACUUCUAAAUGCAGAAUGCACACUGCUUUAUGAGACAACAUCUAGAUACACACAUAUAUUUGGUUUUGAAAGUUUACUAAAGUAAUAAUGAGAAAAAGUGCUAUAAAAAGAAAAACAGAUGAUGAUACUCAUAUUUGUGUGUGAUAAAACCUAAAGUCUCUGAAAAUAAAACUGCUGUCAUGAAAUUA